GGUUUGCAAACGGUGUUCUUGGCGUUCAAUGUCAGCACGCCUAGCCGUGGUGGGUUUCUACUUCCGUCUGCGAUGAUGGGGGAAGCGCUCAAGUUUUUCAACGCAGCAAGGAAGGAGACUGCAGCGAGAUGCACUGUGCAUCUAAUGUUGUACGAUGGCCGAGAAGUGCGCUAUGAAACGGUGGAGAAGGGUGGAGGAGUUGAAUUGGAGGGUGUCGUUCUCAGCUGAUGCCAGCCUUGCGAUUGGCCAGGCGGCCCACACCUUGCGGCACAGUGCAUCCUAGGCAACUACUUCGACAUUUAACGACGCCAGCCCCCACUUCUGAGAGUGUCUUCUCUUCUCCGGCUUCAGAUACAACCACCGAUGGCUACGCGACGGCUUUUACCCUAAGCCAUGGCGAUUAGAAGAGGCGUCUCCGUAAUCUCUGCCAUACGAUACUGGAUAUAUGACUGGCGCGCGAAAAGCAAUCGAAGGUUCAAACGUCGGUCGCUCCUCGUCAACCGCCGAAAUAGCCUCUCCGUCCGCGAGCCUAGGCGCUGGUGGAGGAAAACCGCCGAUCAGAAAGAGUGUUACAUCUACACCAAAUUGCCGCCUGAAAUUCGGGAGAUGAUAUUCGACCUAGUCAUGACCGAGACAGGCAUUUUACAUAUCGGCGUUGAAUGGGAUGCUCAGUGCACGCUUCUUCGUCUCGAAUGCAAUCCAUGCUUCCGGACAGAGAGCGUCCUCCCAGAUCAUUACCCUUGCAAGUCCGGACGCCGCAACCCCACCGAUAUGAGCAUUUCUCGGGCUCCGGAUGUAAUUCCUCUGCUGACGACGUGUCGCUUUAUUUACACUGAGGCGAUCCGUAUCCUCUACUCCCGCACCCACUUCUGCUUUCAUAGCGGGGACUACUUUAACAUAUUCGCAGCCAUGACGCCAAGAGCACAUCUCAGCAAAAUCCGCCGCAUAAGUCUCGACUAUUUCCGCGGCAACAUUGGUAUUGAAUUCCCCAGAUCAAGUUCGAACGAAUGGGUAGCAAAGAUGAAAGCCACUGUUUCUGCCGUUCGAUUCAUGCCCAGUCUGCAGGAGCUGUACCUGACAUGGCCUGGUGAGGGCGUCGUCGAGGAUGAGCAUCCGGGCCUUUCUUUUGUGAAGUGCUCGCGGGUGGAUAUUAGCGGGCUGGUCGAGGCAAUGCAUACUGCGUGUCGCUUGCUUUUGUUCGCUUAUGAUAUGGACGGAUACGACGUCUCGGAUAUAAGGAAAGACCCGCUGAGACGAAAGUGCUUGGGCAGAUGGUCAUUGCUGGAGGCGGUGGAACAUCUAUCCAGAACGCAGAUUACAUGAGGCCUUUUCCUCGGCUCAUCCCAGCCCUGUGAGCGGUGGGGCAUGCUCGGCUGUGCCACGCUGCUCGUUUAGGCAGCCAUUAUAAGUCCCCGGACCUCCGUCACCCUUCACCCUUGCUUC